AUGACAGCAAAUGGUUCCAAACCAGAAUCAAGUGUGGUCACAACAAAUCAAACAUCUUGUGAUGAAUUGUUACAAAAGUUUUGGGAAUUGGAAGAGGUUCCAAAAAUGAAUAAUCUCACAGUUGCGGAAAAGCAAUGUGAGCAACAAUUUGAAGAAAAUUUUAAAAGACAUACAGAUGGUAAGUUUGAAGUUAAACUUCCAUUUAAAGAUGAACGUAAUAAAUUGGAUUGGAAUAUAAUGAAUUUCUUAAAAAAAUAUUUGGAAAUGGGUCAUAUGGAAUUGAUAAAUAAUAAUUCGUUUAUGAAUAGUGGGUAUUAUUUACCACAUCAUUGUGUACUUUGGCCAGAGAGUACAACAACUAAGUUAAGAGUUGCAUUUGAUGCGUCUUGUAAGACAACAACUAAUGUUUCGCUAAAUGAUAUUUUACAUACUGGUCCUAGGUUGCAAGAAGGUCUUUUUAAUAUUUUAUUAAGAUUUAGAAAACAUCGUUAUGUUUUUUCAGCUGACAUUGAAAAAAUGUAUAGACAAAUCAGGAUUUCUGAAGCUGAUAGAAAAUAUCAGAUAAUAUUUUGGCGCUGGAAUCCAGAUGAAACUAUUAAAACAUAUGCUUUUAAAACUGUUACAUAUGGAACAGCUUCGGCUCCAUAUUUAGCAGUAAAAUGUUUACAAAAAAUUGCAGACAAUAUAUUGAUGGAGUUCGGUAUGCCUUUAAGGAAAUGGUGUACUAAUGAAAAAGUAUUGCUCCAAGGUAUUGAUCCCAGUUAUAUAGAAAAUGAUUUAAAUAUAGAGAAAAUAUUGACAAUAUAUUGA